AUGAACUACAGAGGACUAGUAAUCGCGUGCUUCUAUGGCGGAAUGUCAGUGGCGAGCGUGUUUAUCAACAAGGCCAUUUUCCACGUGUAUCAUUUCAACCAUCCGUACACGCUGGUUCUGGGUCAAACAUGCUUCACGCUCGUCCUCCUACUGCUCAUGCGACGGUUCCGGGUCAUUCGAUUGGCGCCGUUUCAGUUCUACGUCUUUCAACGGAGUCAACAUCCCCAUGUACGGGGUCCUCAAAUCAUCCACAACUCCCUUCGUCCUCCUCCUAGACUAUUUCCUCCGCUCAAAAAAGGCUUCCACACGAAUCCAGCUAGCCGUUUACCUCACCACAGCAGGGGGUUCAUAGCAGGGUUAGGAGACCUGACCUUUGACCUGCCAGGCUACAUCCUGGCGCUUUCAUCCGCGUUAGCAACAGCUGCGUACGUCGUUAUAGUGGGGAAGCUUGGGGAGGAGCUACAGCUGGACUCGUUCACGCUGCUGCUGUACAACAACUUUUGGUCGCUGCCGUUCUCGAUCCUGCUGGUGGUGUGGAACGGCGAGCUGGUGGCUGUGAGAGAGGUGCUGCACCCGCAAACCGUGAUGUUCCUCUUCUACUUUGUGCUGUCCUGCGCGUCUGCGUUCAUCCUCAACCUCGCCACGUACCUGUGCACACUCGUCAACGACUCGCUCACUACCAGCAUUGUCGGCCGAACCAAGUCCAUUCUGCAAGGCCUUGGUGGGCUCUUUGCAUUUGGGGAUGUGCUGCUGAACCCCACGAACCUGCUGGGUCUGCUGGUGAACUCGUGUGGAAUCGGGUGGUAUGCGUAUGAGAAGUAUCUGGAGGCGAAGAGAAAAGCCUUGUACCUGGGGUCGCCAGCUCGCCUCAAAGGCAGCCGCCCCACUACUGACACCAUGACCAUCACCAGAGACGGCUCCCAGGUAUCUUUAAUCUACACUGGAAAGGAGGCAGAUGGCCAAGACUCACGGAAUGGCCUACGCUUCUGGAAUUUCCUAGCCGAAUCCGCACCCAUGGCUUGGAGAUUCAUGUCGCUCGCACUCGUACUCACUCUCUCCAUCUUUGCCGCUUUUCCACAAGCCAACGGCGGGAAAUACGAAACGUGGGCUAAGGGAUUCACAGCCACGUAUUACGGCGGACAGGGAGACGGCGGGUCGUGUGGAUACGGCACCGCACAGCAGUCCGGCUUCGGAGUGUUCACCGCGUCGGCCUCCGCGUCGCUCUACCAGUCCGGGUUGCUGUGCGGCGCGUGCCUACGCGUUAAGUGCGUCAACAGCCCGCUAUGCAAACCCGGCGUGUCACCGAUGCUGACCGUUAGUAACCUGUGCCCGCCGCUGUCGUCGGGGGGGUGGUGCGACGGGAACAAGAUGAGCCUGUCGCUCGCACCGACGGCGUGGAAUAUGAUUGCGACGAAUCCGAACAUCGGAGUUGUACCCGUUUUGGUGAAACGCGUUUUGUGCCAGCGGAAGCGAGGGAUCGUGUUCAACGUGACCGGAAACCCUUACUACAUCGAAGCUUUGAUUAAGAACGUCGCGGGAUCGGGGGAUCUGCGCCGGGUCGAUUUGUCGCUGAACCGUGGUCCGUUCCAACCCAUGACUCGAUCCUACGGGUCGGUCUGGACGUUUUCCGGGCAGAAGAUCACAGGCAAGUCGCUUUCCUUCCGCCUCUUUUCGCGCAACGACAACGCGUCGCUCGUCAUCUGGAAUGCGCUGCCGCCCAACUGGGUCCAGGCCGUUAACUACAUCUCUAGGACAAACUUCGGCUUCGCAUAA